AACAGUUUCAGCUUAAGAACAGACCUCCAGAACGAAUUAAGUACUUAACCCGAGGUACCACUGUAGUGUGCGAUCAAGGAGCCAAGCUUACUUCAAUAAGCCACACCGAAGUGAACGAAAUUGUAAACAUAAGAACCAUUCACCAAUAAAGACAGUUAAGGAAGGCUAACAAAGUGAAGACACCUUGGGCAAUUUGAGUGCAGACUAUAAGAUAACAAAGCUAGCUUGCCUCACCCUAAUACACACUAUUAAGAGGCACAGACCCCCACCAGCAAGCUUCAUCCAGGCAUACAUAUGUGGCUACUGCAGUUCACAAUCCUUCAUCUGAAUGGGGGCAGUUAGACCCAGGUCAAAGACCAGUUUUUAUACUAUAAGAAGAGUAGGUUUUGUACAGAAGAUGUGAUUUUCCUUCAGCCAAUCAGGGCCUAGGUACAUAUUUCGCCAGCACUAGAGAGUCUACGUGCUGGAAGACAAUGCAGCUGUUCAGUGGAUUUCUACACAGACCUUGAUGCAAUCUUGCAUCAGACAUACAAAUGGCAAGAUGGACUAAUUAAACAGGACUUUUUUUCCCUCAGUGAAGAUUGCACUGAUAAUCCUACAUAAAAAGACUUUGUUGUUGUUGGUUUUUUAAAAAAGCCAAAGAAAUGGGGAUUUCUUAACUCACACACGUUAUUCCUAUUGAAUUCAACAGUGGGACUUGCCGCCAAGCAUGAUGCAUAGGAUUGCAUAUGUGCAAUGUCACAUUUCAAGAGCUACAAUAGACUUUUGUCAUAUAUUUGAGGCAGAGAGCUGUAAUAGGGUGCAGUUUUUCAUCAUGUGAACAUGCAGUGCAAUGAAUAUGUGCUAACCCCUCCAGAUACGAAAACACGCUGUCAGAGAACUGCCAUUGCCUCAGAGGCGAGAAAUAGAAGGGCAGUUGUGUUACAGGGAGCCUCUGAAAAUCUUGCGCAGCAGUUCCUCUUCCGGGAAGGAGGAAAACCCCACCUCCAGUGGGGAAGAGGUGCAAGGACCAGAGGAUGCUGGUGGGAGCCUUAACACCGCUCCUGGGCAAGCCGGACAGGAGGGAAACAUGCCCUUGCCAUCGCCCAUCCUCUGCAGUAGUCUAAGGCGCAAAGAGGGAAGGAGAAGGCUGGGGGUAAUGAAACUCUUAGGUUGGGGGAGGUCCAAAAGACGACCACUCCUGUAUUCUGUUAGUGAUUGAGCCAGACAUGAGCUUUGGGGCUCUUCACUGUAAAUAGUUGCACCAAAAUAAAGCCUGUAAAAGACAGGUUGGAGUCCUGCCUGGCUACUCUCAAGCAACUGCAACGGCCAUCUGACACACACAUCUCAGUUAUAUAAAGUUGCCCAUAGUCCAAUCUAUUCAAGAUUUAUCAAAUAUCAGGCUAUUUCUGAUAUUCAGCUGUGUCAGUACUGUAGCUUAUGUAGCCGGAAUGGCACAAUUCUGACACCAUGCAUGCACACUCGAGAGGUACCAGAAUGCUUGAAGGAACUCUUCAAAACAGCCCAGUGAAGACCAGAUUUGGAGCUGUAUUUGACUUCCAUAUAGUGUGUUUGAGAUUGGGGGCAAACCACAUGUGACUGAAUCUUCUAAUGCUUUCCUUUUAAAGCAUUCAUCAGAGAUAGGUGAAUUGGAUCAGGGCAGCAGGGCCAGGGGAUAUAACCCGGAUGAAAAGCACCCCUCCCUUAAAAACUGGUGUAAGCCUCAUUGCAGAAUAAAGGUAGGCUCAAUAACUGUACAUGUUUUGUCCUUAGGGAAUCUCAUGGUAGCUUCAGAAGCAAGGGACAAUUUCAAGUGGGGAGAAGGUUAAGUCUCUCCCAAACACCACUGCUCUAAUGCAAUCCGGCAUGGCUGCUUUACACACACACACACACACCAAAAAAAAAAAAAAAGUCAUGAGAGCCAUUCAUCAAUUGUCUGUAUUGCAUCUGGAUGUGUCCUGAGGAGCUAACUGAGGUACAUGAAAUAACUUGCAACCCUUGGAAAGACAGGCCAAAAUUAUCUCCUAAAAGUUAUCAUUUUAUGGCAAGGACUAAGAAACUGUGGCCCAGACCCACUUAGUAAGUUAAGGCAUUGAAGAUAACUCUCAGCUGGUCCCUGUGUUUACUUGGUUCCCAUGACAACUACAGCUCACAGAUGGGGAUGGUUUCUUAGCAACUGUCCUUGGCGACUUCUCAUAGUUCCACCUCUUUGUCGACACUUCUAGACUUGGCAAGGAUCUGCUUGAUUCACCAGAACUACUUUGGCACCUCAGUUGAGAUCAUGGAAGAGGUGAGGCACACAUUUAUGAGGAGGACUUAACUUCUGGGCACCCUCAGAGACAACAAUAACCCCUCCCAGGCAGGCAGGCAGGGAGGCACACACUGUUCAGAUGCCCUAUGACCUACACAAAGAGUCUCGGGUAUUUAAGCACCAGUCAAUGCAGUGAGCCUUGCUGUUUUCUUGAUACCAGUCCAGGCCACAUGUGGCAGGCAUGUGAGGCUGUCCUUGGCCACUUCUGGCAACUGAUUUGGAGCCAUAUCUGGUUGGCCACACUGGGACAUGCCUGGCACAUAUAUAGCUCAUUUAUUCUAAUAGUUGUGCUGUUCCCAGCCAGAGGUUUCGUGAAACUGGCCAGACAAUAUCUCCAGCCUCAGGAGCCUAGUGGCUUGCUACGGUGCCAGAAGGAGCUUGAGGAGGUUAGCCCCUUGCUCCAGCGUCAACCGGAGCCAAAGAUGGCUAGUCCCUUGCUCCAUUACAUACACGAGCCUGAGGAGGUUAGCCCUGUGCUACGAUACCUACAGCAUCCUGAAGAGUUUGCUGCCUUGCACCACCAACUUCCGCAGCUUGAGGAAAAGGUUGAUCCCUCAGUCCACCAGUCGAAAGAAGUUAGCCCUGUACUCCAGUAUCUACAACAGCUGGAGGAGAUUGGUACUAACCUGCUCCAACGGGACAGCAGCCUCAUGUCUUCCUGCCCAAGAAAUGCCAGCAAAAUGGAGGAUGUGACUCAGGUGCCCAUGGACACGACGGCCUUCCCAAUUCCUGCCGCCGCAUACCAUGAAACCAGAAUGGCCGGUGGUCCAACAGAAGUGCCUGGAUAUGGAAACAAGGAACAGGCCACCUACAACUUGACUGGGGAACAGUCCAACAACAAAAGACCCCCCUCAAGGUGCUCCAGCAGGACCUCCUCAAUGAACUCCAAGAACCCCGAGAACAGAACAGCUAUGGGCGAACCCCCAGUCCUGCCUGAGGCAUCACCAUCCACACAGCAUAUCCAAACCAGAAACCACAACAAACAGACCCUCAGGUCUAAAACUCCCUCUGCCCUCUGCAUUCACACGGCUGCAGGGAGGAAAGACAGCCUGGAAGGUACCACUUCCAAGGGAAUAGGGAAUCAUCAUCACCCAAAGGGGAAACCUGGAGGUUCCAGGCUGUCAGCUAAGUCUAGCCAAGAAGAGAUGGAAGAUGGCCACGGUAAUUCAGAUGAACUAACAGGUAGGCAAUACCGGCCUAUAGUGACCCGACUGCACGCAUCUCCCCGAAAGAACAUAAAGGGCAGCUGUGAAGACAUGAAAGAAGCCCAGGAUGUCAUGUGUGCCAAAGAGUCAUUAGCAUCAAGUGGGCAAGAUGUCAAAGCAGAGGGAAAGGCCCUCCAGGAGAAGAAAAACAGCCUAAUAAUACCUCCUAAUAUCAAGGCCAAGUUUGGCACAUCUAUGGUGGAGAAGCUGGUCUCUGAGGAGCAGGCACGUCGUGCUCUCUGUGAGGCUGGGCUGAUCCAGGGGCAGAAGCGCCUCAGUGACUGGCCAUAUAAGACUCUAGAGAAUCCUAUGGCAUCGUCACCUUAUGCUGAUUAUUAUGAACUAGGAUACAACUUGAGGUCCAACAUUUUCCAAGGAGGACCAUUGGAAAGCAGAAGCCUGAUGAAGGAUUCCUAUACCCCAGAUGUAAUAAAGAGGGCAGUUCGGGACCCCAAACAUUGGCAUGGAAGAAAAACUGAUGAUCUAGGGAGGUGGUUCCAGAAAAAUGCGCUAAACCUUAACCUUCAAAAAGCUUUGGAACAAAAAUACGGGGACAAGAACAAAGGCGGCAAAUCCUAAGAAGGCAUAGAAGAGGGAUGAAGACCUUCUGGAAAAAUAUCUGGCUCUCCCUAGCAGUGGAAUAAACCUCCAUCUAGCCUCUAUUUUUGAUGUGCUCUGCAUAUGGAUAAAGCAGAACGUUGGGUUAUCUGACUGGCCUGGGAAUAGUCAGCCUGGCCUGAAUGUGUAUCUUUAAUAGUCACUUGAAAUGAGCAGGUGCAGCUUUUCAAAGAAUGGAACAAAGCACGAUCCCCCAACAUCUCCACAGGGUGCUGGGAAAAGACCUGAAACUCUGGAGAGCUGCCACCACCAAUUAGUGUUGAGUCUACGCUGCAAACAAUACUAAGCUAAAUGGACCAAUUGUCCAGCUAGGCAUGAGGCAGCUUCCUAUGGGUUCAUUUCAAGCAGUGGCAAACAUAAAUUAGGAAAGUGAAUAGAGUUUUGCAGAAAUACAGUAAGGAGGGAUAUGGAAUACCUUACUGUGUAUUGGGACGUGGGUGGUGCUGUGGGUUAAACCACAGAGCCUAGGACUUGCCGAUCAGA